AUGAAUGGAAACGAUGCAUCCCCGGGUCGACAUCAUUUGAAGGGUCGAUUUCGCAAUCAUAAUAUCAUUGCUUCGCCCAUUGUGAACCACAAUGACAACAAAUAUAAUUACGAUAUUAUCGAUAGUGAUGGUGGCGAAAAAGAAGCUGCAAGGAAGGAGGAAGGGUUCAACGGGGAGAGAUUGAAAGAGAAAAAAAAUAUGGAAGAUAGAAGAGACCAAGAGGAAAAGAAUGAAAAGAAUGUGUUUAUUAAUAAAGAGAGGAAAGAAAAAUUAAAGGAGGAUAAUGCUAAGAAUAAUAAAAAAAAUGUUGGUGCAAAUCAUGAAGAGGAGGAGAAUAACAAUAGUAAGGAUAAUUGGUUUGUUGGACCUGGAUCACCAAGUUUUAGGGAAUAUUGUAAUGAUUAUGAUUCUGUUGAUAGAAGUUCUAUGGGAGAUUCUAAUGAUUAUCCUCAAUCUGGAGAAAGCACAAAGAAUAGUAGUGAGUAA